AUGCCCCUUCCUCGCCUGCUCUCUCCCCCGACUCCCAACGCCACCGAGACGCGGACAUUCCCCGCGGACAACUCCCUGGAAGCACAGGAUCGAAAACUAUAUAAGCUGGGGUUAAAAGGAUUUUAUGUCAAAGAUGACAAUGACAGUACAGGGGAGGAACAAGCAUCUGAGGAGGAGAACCAUUGCCCCAGGGUGACAUUAAAAGUGGAUGCGAAUCCUCUCGACCUGGAAGAAGUUGAACUAGACUCAGAGGCUGAGCUUAUGAAGAGCAUGGGAUUGCCUCUUCAGUUUGGUGGGCAGUCUGCCCACAGGGACUUUAUGGCAACAGAAAAUUACAGAAAGAGAAGUAACAUGAAGAUUAUGAAGAAGAAAAAGAAAAAAAAAGAGUUACAGCCAAAACAUGAGGAUAAAAUGGGGCAGGAGUGCCAGGAUCGAGCUCAUGGUGAUCAUAUCCAGUCCAUUUCUGCUGAACUGGCACUAGGUGCAGAGCAACAUGAGAAGAGCACCAAACCUCAGGUUUUAAGUGAAGGUAACUGUGAUAGUUCAGAACAUCUUACAAAUGAAGCUUUACCCAGUGAACUCAGAUUAAAAUGGGAGAAGUACUGGAGUGAGUAUGGAGAGGGCCUUCUUUGGCAAGGUUGGCUGGAAAAGCAUCCAGUGGUCUCAUUGUCUGAGGCCAUAACAGCCUCUGAACCUUGGAAUAGUCCAGAUACCAGGGAAGAGUGGGAGCAGCAUUACAGUGAACUGUACUGGUAUUACUGGGAACAGUUUCAGUACUGGACAAGUCAAGGAUGGACUACUGAGAGUUCACAUGGUGACAACAUGGAAGCUAAUGGGGUUACUCAGGAGACAGGUUUUUUGGGAAAAAUGGACGUGGUUAGCCCAGGGGCUGAACAUAGUGAAGUGCUGAGCUUGGAGCUGUCUCCCUCUAACACCAGAAAUGAGGAAACACUCCCUUCAAAUGCUGAACCCCACGGUGAAAUAAUCUCCAGGAUUUGUAAUCUAAAUCUGAAUUUGGAAGAAGUGGAGCAGAUCAGGUCAGCUCUACCAGUGUGCCACCAAGGUCCUCAAGAGCUUAGUUCAUCUGACAGUGAAAGCCAGAAGGAGCCCUGUGAUGGAGGAACCAGGAAGAGGAGUGCAUCUCGUGAAAACAGAAGUAUUAACCAGUCAGGUUCACAGGGGUCAUGUAGCUCAAAUUCAAAUGACAAAGGACCGUUACUGCCUCCUGACCAAGAUGAAGAUGAGGAUGAAGAGCCUCCUGAAUACAGACAUGUCAAAGUCAAAAAAAGCCAUGAACUGGAUGUGGAUGAGAACCCAGUGGAAGAUCCUGAGGAAACCUGCUCUGUUUUGGGUUUCAAGUGUGGCACAGGACAAAAGUAUGGUGGAAUUCCAGAUUUCACUCACCGAAGUGUGCAGUACUUGGAGAAAAAAGCAAAACUCAAGUCUAAAUUUUUGGAUAUGCGUAAGCCAAGGAAGAGCAAAAACACACACAUCUUCUUUACAGAGGAAUCUGAAACAUCUUGGAAAAAAAAUAAAACUUUGAAGAAGGUGGAAGAGUUCCUAAAGCAGGUUAAUAAGCCUGAGGAGGAAGCCACAUCCCAGACAGCCUUUCCUGAGGGUAAAGCAGAGGCAUCAUCUGGGAGUAGCGACUCAGAGGAUCAGGAAGGUAUUACUGCUGCACAGACAGUGACAUUGGAUGCUGAAAACCAAAGGCCACCAUCUCCCUGCACGGCUGGUGGUGAGUCUGGAAGUAGUAACCUUAAGGAGCAACUGCAGGAUGAGGCAGCGAGUGGCUCCGAUGGCCAGGAUGCGGGGAGGCAGCUGGUUGCACUGGAUAUUCCUGACUAUCUCCGGGCAGAGACGGAGGAUGUCAGCCCAGUUGUAGAUGAAAAAAUUACUCCAAAGAAGAAGGAGAAAAAAAAGAGAAGAAGGAAAAAAAUUGCACUGAGAUCUAUCCCUGCUGAGAUUGCUGCUGACCCAGAGCUGACCAAGUACUGGGCACAACGCUACCGGCUGUUCUCUCGGUUUGAUGAAGGAAUUAAACUAGACAGAGAGGGCUGGUUUUCCGUUACUCCCGAAAAAAUAGCCGAGCACAUCGCCGCCCGCGUCAGUCAGUCCUUCAACUGCGACAUCAUCGUGGAUGCCUUCUGCGGGGUUGGAGGAAAUGCUAUUCAGUUUGCACUGACCUCAAAAAGAGUGAUCGCUAUCGAUAUUGAUCCUGAGAAGCUCAGUCUUGCGCGAAACAACGCCGAGGUGUACGGCGUGGUGGAUCAGAUAGAGUUCGUGUGUGGAGACUUCAUGGUGCUGGCUGCUGACCUGAAGGCAGAUGUUGUGUUCCUCAGCCCACCUUGGGGGGGGCCUGACUAUGCCACUGCCGAAAUCUUCGAUAUCCAGACCAUGAUUUGCCCAGAUGGAUUUGAAAUUUUCAGGCUCUCCAAGAAGAUCACCAACAAUAUUGUGUAUUUUCUGCCUCGGAAUGCUGACAUUGACCAGGUGGCUUCCUUAGCAGGGCCAGGAGGGAAAGUUGAAAUAGAACAAAAUUUUCUCAAUAACAAACUGAAGACAAUAACAGCUUACUUUGGUGAUCUAAUAAGGCAUGACAUCUGAAUUCAGUGUGGAUUCGUCCAAGCUCAGCCUCCCUGACUGCUGCUUUGCAUAAGCUUUUGUACAGCUGGCUGGUCAAAAAUGACUUAAAGCCAUUUUCCACUUUAAUUUCUGUUUACAGAAAUUUGUUCUGUUUAUUGCUACUGUCAAUAAAUAUUUUAUAAUAAUUUUG